AUGAAGUUCUCCAGCAUCUUCUCCAUCGCCACUCUGGCUGUCUCUGCCCUGGCUGCCCCUUUCGUUGAGGCUGAUACCAAGGCCGUCCGCGCCUCUGCUCCUGCCUCUGUUGACGACAUUGUCACUCUUUUCUCGGGCUCUUCCGAGUCUAUCACCAGCAAGACUACCCAGAUUGACACCAUCCUCAAGCAGGUCCAGUCUGGCGAGACCCCCCAGUCUGAGGCCAACCCCCAGGUCCUCGACCUCGUCCAGGGUAUCAACCUCGACCUCUCCGCCAUUGUUAACUCCCUGACCACCUCUGCUGGUAUUCCCGUCCAGGAGGGCGACGUCGACCGCCUCCUGAUCGUCGUCAACGCUCUGCUCACCGUUGUCCUCGCCAACGUCCGCGCCAUCGUCACCGUCCUCGGCCUCCAGCCCCAGCUUGUCUCCAUCCUCCGCUCCGUUGUCAUCCUCGUCUCCAACAUCGUCACUCUCCUCACUGGCCUCGUUGCUGGUCUCCUUCCCGGCCUCAUCGCCGCCCUGAGCCCUCUUCUCGCUGGUCUGGGCAACGGUGUCUUGGCCCCUAUCCUGACUCCCCUUGCCGCUCUCCUCGCCGGCCUCGCUGGUCCCUAA